AGAUUAUCAGUUGUGUGGGAACAGCGAUAAUAAGCGACUUUUAGUAGCGCGGCCUUGUUUUUACUUAAUAUUACAGUACGCGUAGUUCUCCAGUUUACAGAUGUUUGGUCCAAAAACGACCUAAAAUGCAUUUCACUUGGGAUAUACAGGGUCCAUAAUGCGCCCUCCUUAAAUUGAAACCUAGAAGCAAUGAGCGGAAAAAUGUUCCCUGCAGGGCCGCAAUCUCUGGACACCAUCAUGAACCAUCAGGAGCUAUCGACGCCACCCGAUUCCAAAAUCCCCGUACCGUCAUCUCCCAUCCCUUUCCGAAGACAUAAUAGUCUUCGGCUAAAGGGAGAAGGAACGCCCAAGAUGUACGUGAGGAAUUUCAAGGAGGAAGCUUGGUCGAAAGGAACCGGAAGCAGAAGAGCAAGCCAAGAUCUGAGCCAAACAGGAAACAAAUCUGUGGCAGGAACAAGCAGGAAGUCUGCCAAAAAUCCUCCACUGCAACGGGGAAACUCGUUUAUGGAGAGGGGUGAAAAAGGGAUCGGUAAGGAUGGAGGCAAACUAUCGGCGCCUCAUAGACCUAAUUCAGUCAAGAUUGGUUGUAGACCAGAAACCGAUUGCUUGCAAGGAAACGACACAUCGGGAAGGAUCAGGAGUUUGUCAUUAUCAUUGUCCAACACCCGGCUAAAUAGCCCAAAAUCACCGUCUCUUUCCAUAUCUUCACCAUCGGGAAACUCAAUUUCGCCGGGACACAUAAAGAAAUAUUCGUCCAGCCAAUUGGAUUCGUGGGAUACUGACAGCGUUACCAGCAUAGCAAGCAGUGUGGCAUCCUGUGAUCAUGCAAGUGUGGCCAGAAAUGGUACAACUUUCUCAGGAAGAAGUAUGAAGUAUGUUUUUCAUUGCAAUCAACAUGCGGGCUCUACAGGAGAGGAUUACUUAACUCCCACCCAAAGAGCUCACAGACAGGUCCAAAAGCUGAAGCAUCUUCUUCAUCAGGCCAAGAAGGAGUUGGAGCAAAAAGAUAGUGAUAUUGUGGCUCUAACCAAAGAGGUGGUUGAGCUGCGCCUUUAUAAAGCAGCACUAAGCUCUCCUGAAGACAAAUCCAACAGUAGCGAUGCGAUUACAGUCAGGGAAAACACCAGUGAAGACACCACUCCUGAAGCAGAUGUAAUUGAUUCAGUCCAUCAUCUACCCAGCGAUUUGAACCACUCUUUUGCGGAUUCUGGUCAUUAUGAGGACGGCACCAACUCCUCAAUCCACUCCAAUGACGACUACACUAGAUCGCCAUUCAAGAAUAAACUAGUUGAAACUUCAGACAAAGGCUGCACGGCUCACAUGAGCAUUUUGGAGAAAUCGUCCGAACAGAGCAAAUUGAUAAUGGAAUACGAGAAAAGAAUUCAGGAAUUGGUGAGAACGCACGAGGAAGACACUUAUCAUUUGAAGCAAAAGCACAAUGAUAAAGUGGAGGAACUUCUUCAACGAAUAACAGAAAUAAAUGCCAGGUACUGGGAGUUGGUUCCGGAGUUGGAUUCGGCCAAAGAAAAAAUCAAAGAACUAGAAUUGCAAUUGGAGGAAGCGAGCAGAAGGUUGGAGGAGCAGGAAGACAAGGCCAAGCAAACUUAUCUGCAGAUGUACUCGCAAGGGCAGGCGGCUGCAAGGCUUGAGCAGGAAAAUGCCGUAAUGGAAAUAUCCAGACAACCAAGCAGAGUUUCAGUGCCAGAGCUGCUGAACGAGCUGCAAGUAACAAAAAUGGAACUCGAAAAUAUUAAGGACGUAGAAUACGCGUCGACUUCUAAUCAACCAUUACUUAGCGCCAAAGAAGCGCUGUCGCUUUGGGUGCUCGGUGCACGUAAGGCCAUGUAUCGUCAGCUAAUGGAGGCCAAAAGCCGCAACAAAAUUGAUCCAGAAAUCACCCUCCAGUUUCUGAAAUCGGCCGUUUACUACUUUCUAACCGACAAAGAAAACAGCCAUGGGCAUUUGAAAGCCAUCCAGAGCAUUUUAGGUUUUACAGCGAGCGAAAUCUCCAAUAUUGAAAAAGCCAAGCUGACUUAGUGUUUUGAGAAGGGAUUUUUCAGAGCAGAUAGUUGGGUUUAGUCCAAUGUAAUUUUUCUUGCGCGGCAAUUUAUGAAUGCUUUUAUAGUAUACCAAAGAACUGAUUAAUUUGUUCUGGAACCACAAGCUGUGGCGUAAACUUUCCCAAAAAGGCAACCAACACACAAAAACAUGGAUAUUUGGGGAAAAUUUUAAUAAGGUGUUAUGGACACAAGAUGUAAUUUCUUCAAUUACUAAACACUUUUUUUCAUGAUUCCAUACCUUGUGGCUCUCUAACCACGUCCGAAACCCAUUCGCAGUGCCUAAGUACGAAAGGUAUAAAUUUACCGUUGUUUUAAGCAUUUUGAUGUUGUGACAUUGUGAUUAGUAGAACUCAAACUUAGCUAGAAUACUUAAUAACUUUAAAAUUCCGUCGUAGGUAAACUCGAAAAACAAAUUUAAUAAAAAGCGGGGUUUGGACUCAUUUUUGUAAUCAAACAAAUUUUCUCUGCAAUGUUACGGGCCCUCGUCCAUUAAUCCUGCACUUUUGCGGCAAAUAAACACAUACAUUCUGGUUCAUAAAGUCGAUUCUUCGAAAACAUCCAAAAGAAUCGCUUAACAUAAUCUCUUUGAAACGGUUUACUCCGACAUUCUUCAGAUUGUUAAGAGGUUUGCUUGACCGUAUUCAUUUCGCAUUACCAAGAAACCUGGCUUAUCUAUAUGUUGAAUGCGGAUUAACUUUACUCAUGCAAACAGUUUUUCAGUAUACUUUUAAAGUAUAAACUUAAGAAAGAAAAGCCACAUUAACAACACCUAAAAAAUCAAAAUUUGCCGAUUCAUUACCAUUCCAGGAAGAUAUUUUAUAGAGGUUGUUAGGCAAACAUCUAAAAGAAGGUGUUAAAGAUGUUUCCUUUACCAAGUGUGACUUGCCGCAAAACCAAUGCCGAAACAAGAGUUCUAUAACAGGAUUUAUCUUAAAGGCUCCGUGCGUUCAACACUGGUCGAAUGGACCCAUUAACUCUUGAAAUUUUUACCUGCAGACCACCCUACAAAAUCCCCGUCCGCGUUCAUUUAAUUAUGUUUUUGUGUUCAAAUUGAGGUGUUUACCAAAACUGACGAGGGAAAAUCUAAGCAAUUAAGCAACGAAACUAUAGGCAUUGCUGUCGUUUCUUAUUCAAUUAUCCAUUUCAUAAAAUAAAAAAUAUUACCAACUAGCAGUAGUAUAAAGAUAUCCAAAAAACGCUGUUUGUUCCUUAUAUAUUUAUUAAUAAAUACUUUACUUAAGCUAGAGCACAGUUUUACAAUAUAAAAAGUACAUUAUUUAAGCACUGACAAUACUUAAUAGUACAUUAAGUAUUUAUUUGAAAGGAUUCGCUUUAGUUGUAGAAAUUAAAGGCUGAGGGAUAAAGUAAAGAGGGUUGGAGUGUAGAAUAGCAAAAUAUUCAGCAAAAUGCCCCAUAAGCGCAGGUAAAACAAGCUAAAGUACAUUUUGCUAAUUAUUUGCGCUAUAAAUUUACUUAGUAAUAAUUUUGUAAUUAAAAUUUAAUCGAUGAAACUUGUGUCUAAAGCGAUGUGGAGUUUGAUGGCCUAAAGAAGAUAAUCAGCAUCGUCUACUGCAUAUACUUUCCCAAACAAACACUCGCUAGACACACGUUUCGUUGUUCAUUUAGACAUAUAUUGUAUAUUUUCUUAUUGGUCGGAUUGUGCAAUCUGUUUCUCUUAUAGCUGUUACGAUAUUUUACUACCUAUGAUAUUGUUGAUUAAAAUAUAUAGAAAACAUGUU